AUGGCGAACCUUCGUUUCCAUUUCUCCUUCUCCAUGUUCUUAUUGCUUUGUCUCAUGAUUCACCCCACUUGUUGUCAUACCAAUUUCAGUACUGAUGAAUUGGCACUUCGUGCCUUUAGAUUUUCUGUGAGAGACCCUUAUAAUCACUUGGAUGAUUGGUCCAACUCUUCUUCCAUCUGCAAUUGGGUAGGGGUUACAUGUGAUUCUAAUUAUGGGAGAGUGAGGAUCCUGGAUCUUAGUGAAAUGAGUCUUAAGAGAACCUUACCCUCACAAAUUGGAAAUCUAUCUUUCCUUGUGAAGCUCUACCUUCACAGCAACAACUUUUAUGGUGAGUUGCCAAAAGAGUUAUUCCAACUACGCAAGUUGGAAAUUCUCAACUUGAGCUAUAAUGCAUUCAAUGGAGUAAUCCCAACUUGGAUUGGAAGCUUGUCUGCACUUCAACACUUGAUUCUCAACAACAAUAGUUUGGAUGGUGUUAUUCCUUCAAGUAUAUCCAAUUUGUCAAAGUUGGAGAGCUUGGAAUGCAGAUCCAAUUUUAUAAAAGGUUCCAUUCCAUUUGAAAUUGGAAGACUAGGGAGAUUGAAGAUUUUGCGCAUUUCAGUAAACAACCUUUCAAGAAUAAUACCUUCAGCUAUUUCUAAUUUAUCCUCACUUGAGCGUAUGAUUUUAUCUUACAACUCUUUAUCAGGGAAUAUUCCCGAAACAAUCGGUGCUCUCACAAACCCGAAAAUAAUAAGCCUAAGUUUUAACAAGUUGUCUGGCCAAAUACCAAGAACUAUUGGAAACUUGACUUUGCUUCAAGAAUUAAGUCUCGAUCACAAUAACUUAGAAGGAAGUAUUCCCUCUGAUAUAUGUCAUGGGCUUCAAAAUGUACAAGCGUUACAUCUUCAGGCCAAUGGAUUAUCAGGAGCCCUGCCAUCUAAAUGGAUACAAUGCAAAGAGCUCAAAUACUUACAAUUAGAAUACAACUCUUUCACAGAAGAAAUUCCCAAAACAAUUGGCAUAUUCAUAAAGCUAAAAAAUCUAAGCCUAGGUGUUAACAAAUUGUCUGGCCAAAUGCCAAAAAGUAUUGGAAACUUGACUGUGCUUCAGGAAUUAUAUCUCGAUGCCAAUAACUUAGAAGGAUCAAUUCCAAAAGCAAUUGGUGGCUUAUUAGAUCUUCAAUAUUUGGAUCUUCAAGGCAAUGAGCUACACGGCCUAAUCAUUGAUGAGGAUAUAUUGAGGGUAAACUUAUCUUCCAAUAUUUUAGUUGGAAAUGUAUCAUUGAGGAUUGGAAACUUAAAUGCUCUUGUAGCACUAGAUUUGUCAAGAAAUCAUAUUUCAGGCUUUAUUCCAACGACUCUAGGUGGCUUGAAGAAUUUGCAGGAUUUAUCCUUAGCACAUAACAAUUUGCAAGGAAAUAUUCCUGAAUCUUUCAAAAAUAUGUUGAGCUUAGUAAAAUUAGACCUUUUUAAGAAUAAUUUGUCUGGGAAGAUUCCUAAAUCUCUAAAGUUACUUAUUGAUCUUCAGUAUGUCAAUCUCUCCUAUAACAAACUCCAAGGAGAGAUUCCAAGUGGAGGAGUUUUUAAAAAUUUGACUCCUGAAUCUUUUAUGAUGAAUCAAGCUCAUUGUGGUGUUAUCCUUUUAAGGCAUAAACGACAACAAAAUUCAACAAGUCUAGUUAGAAGGGAUUUAUCAAUUUUAGGAGUGCCCAUAAGGAUUUCUUAUUUUGAAAUCCAAGAAGCAACCAAUGGAUUUGAUGAGAGUAACAUACUUGGAAGGGGUAGUUAUGGUUCUGUGUUCAAAGGAAAACUUUCCAAUGGAAUAAUCAUUGUAGUUAAGAUCUUCAAAUUUGAUUCACAAGUAACAUUAAGGAGCUUUGAAAAAGAAUGUGACAUAUUGCGUAAUGCACGCCAUCGCAAUUUGGUGAAGGUUAUAAGCUGUUGUUCCAAUGUUGAUUUCAAAUCUCUGGUGAUGGAAUUCAUGGCCAAUGGGAGCCUUGAAAAAUGGUUAUAUUCUCACAACUAUUUUUUAGGUUAUUUUCAAAGGUUGAAUAUAAUGAUAAAUGUAGCAACUGCUUUGGAAUAUCUUCAUCAUGGCUUGUUAACACCAAUUGUUCAUUGUGAUUUGAAGCCGAGCAACAUUUUAAUGGAUGAUGAAAUGCAUCUAUGGAAUUAUGCUAUUAGAGGUGUUUACAAGAAAAAGGCCCACAGAAGAUAUGUUUGUCCCACAGAAGAUAUGUUUGUCGAAGGAUUGAACUUGAAGAGCUGGGUUGUCAGGACCGGGUGCAAAGCUGGUCGCAUGUUCGAGCUUACUUCAAUGCACCUACCUGAGAUCACUGUUCCCACAUUGUGUACAGCCUCCACAUCCUCUUCUCCUGAUUCUUCUCUCGACUUAUGGCAUCAUCGUCUUGCUCACCCUUAUUUGAGUACUAUUUCUCAAUAUUCUUGUCCUUAUACUUCUCAACAAAAUGGUCGUGCUAAGCAUAAACACCGUCAUAUUCUUGAUUCUACUAGAGCAUUGCUCAUUUCCUCUUGUUGUCCUGAACGGUUUUGGGGUGAAGCAGCCAUAACCUCUGGAAAUAUAAAGUUUUCAUCUCUAACCGAUCUCUCAUCAUUCUCAUCUUCUUCAUCUCCUAUUUUUAUAGAUAUUUCUACUGAUCUUUUUCCUAAUAGCUUAAGUACAGAUUCAUCAAUUGAGCUCAUUUCCAUGACCGAUGCUGCGCCCGCUCCAGAUAUGCCUACUGUCACACUUAUUGGUCUUCCAGCACAAGUCAAGCCUACUGAGCCCAUAUUGUCCACAAACUCUCGGCCCAAUCGCAGUGAUAAUACGGGAGUUCAGGAGCUCAAGAUAUACUUGGUCCAGCAAUUUAAAAUGAAGGAUCUUGGCAAAUUGAACUAUUUUCUUGGGAUCGAGGUCCACCAUGAGAGUGAUGGUAUAUCACUCUCUCAAGUCAAGUAUGCUACUAAUUUGAUAUCCCGAGCUCACCUUUCUGAUGAGGAGGUUGAAACUACUCCUAUUGAACCAAAUGUUCACUAUACUACCACUGAUGGCACCUUAUUGGAUAAUCCCACUCGUUACCGCUAA